CUAACGUAGAAUUUUGAAAACCAGCAUGGCUUCCGAGUUCACGAUCAAUAAGGCAUACGCAGAAAAAUACAACACUUGGAGAGCAAAAGAGGAAUUACAAAGAUUGAAAGACAAAUAUGGUGACGUCGACAUCAAUAAUGCAACAGACUCUUCAAGUUCAUCAGAAUCAGAAGAUGAAAAUGCAGAGGCUUUAACUGCUCAAUUGGAAAAAGACUGGCUGAAAACAUUGUCUGCAUUGAAAAGUAAAGACCCCAAAAUCUACAAGGAAGAUGCUAAGUUCUUCCACAGUGAAGAUGACGACGAGGAAGGAGAUGAUGAGGAUUCAAAACCGAAGAAAAAGAAACAAAAACCAGUUUUCUUAAAAGAUUAUGAGAGAAAGCUGAUAACAGAAAAAGAUGGACAAGUGACCAGUGACAGUGAUGACAACUACCAGGAUGAUGAGCCUGAUAGUAAACCAGGUUAUUACAAAGAGCAGGAGGAAAUCAGAGAAAGUUUCAAAAGUGCUGGAUUUGAUUGUUCGGACGAGUCAAGUGACGAUGAAUUCCUCACUAAAAGAAAGAAGAGUAAACUACAGAAGGCUGAAGAGGAGGUGGACUAUUUGAACUGGCUGAAAGGACAAAAGUCAAAAUUAGCUGAAGACAAAGUUGGAGUAGAACUGGAGUCAUUGAAGGAUUAUUGGUCUAACCCAAAUCUUGACUCUGGCGAGAAGUUUUUAAGGGACUACAUUUUAAACAAGGGACAUAUUGACAAGGAGUCUGGAAGAAUCCCGACAUACAGUGAGGUUGUUGAUGAUGAGGAUGAAGACUUUUCUGAGGAGGAGGGAUUACUUGAUCAGCAGGAAGAGUUUGAAAGGAAAUACAACUUCAGAUUCGAGGAGCCUGAUCAGGAAUUUAUAAAAAGUUACCCCAGGACUAUCAAAGACACAGUCAGGCGGAAAGAUAGUACCCGAGCGGAGAAACGGCAGGAGAUUAAGGAGCGUAAGAAAACGGAAAAAGAUACAAGAAAGGAAGAAAUAAAACAGCUAAAGAAUUUGAAGAAGAAAGAAAUCCAAGACAAGAUUGAGAAGUUGAAGAUGAUCACAGGCAAUCCUUCUUUAGGCUUCAAUGACGAUGAUCUCAAUGACGACUUUGAUCCCAAAAAACACGACGAAAUGAUGAAGAAAUACUUUGAUGAUGACUACUAUGAUGAGGAGGGAGCAGAGGACACCAAACCCGAUGUUGGAUUUGUUGACGAGGAUUUAGAAACGGAGACAUGGGACACUUGGGAGGGAGGAACGGAGAAUGACAAUGGAGAGGGCGAGGAGGAGAAUGAUGGAGGCCCACAUGUUGAUGAUGAGGACUUUAAUAUGGAUGCUGAUUAUGAUCCCACCCAAGCAAUCAGUAAGAAACAGAAAAAGAAGUCCAAGUUAACACAAGCUCUGAACAAGAGCAAACCUACGUUUGAUCCAGAGGAGAAGACGUUUGAGCAGUAUCUAGACGAUUACUACCAGUUGGACUGUGAGGACGUCAUCGGAGACAUGCCCUGUCGCUUUAAGUACAGACAGGUCACACCUAACGACUACGGGCUUGGUGUUGAUGAGAUUCUAAAAUGCAAGGACAAGGAGUUGAACAGUUGGGUUUCACUGAAGAAGAUCAGUCAGUACACGACUGCAGAAGAGGAGGAAGAAGAAGUGAGGGUCUAUCGUAAUAAAGGAAAAAAUCAGAAGAAAAAGUGUAACCUAUUGACAUCCCUACAGGAGUAUAACAGGGAAGAGGAAGAGAAAACCUCAAAAGACAUCAGUGAAGAAAAGAAAAAGAAGAAAAGACAGAAGAAAAAGAACAAGAAAGCAAAAGAUUCUGCAUCAAAAGUGUCAGUCAUAGGAAACGCAAAUUCUUUUGACGGGAAAAGAAAAGCUGAGGUAGACCAAACUCAGCCAAAAAAGAAGAUAAAGCUGGAAACCAGCCCAGUUAAGCAAGAUAAAAGCCAAGUAAAGCUGGAAAACAGCCCAGUGAAACUAGGUAAAAGCCAAGUAAAGCUGGAAAACAGCCCAGUGAAACUAGGUAAAAGCCAAGUAAAGCUGGAAAACAGCCCAGUGAAACUGAAUAAAAGCCGAGUAAAGCUGGAAAACAGCCCAGUGAAGCGGGAUAAAAGCCAGGUAAGGCUGGACAAUAGCCCAGAGAAACUGGAUAAAAGUCCACUGAAGCUUGAUAGAGGCCUGAUAGUUGACAAUUCUGUAAAACAGAAAAAAGAAAAGACAAAAGUAAAAUCAGGUGAAAAAUUGAGUGAUUCUGCAUCUUUUAAAACUGAAAAUGAUUUAAAAGUCAACAAUGUUUCAUCAACGAAAAAUGUAAGUUUUGAUACUGAGUUGGUAAGGGUAACAGUUUGUGAUAACUCAGAGGACAAGGAAAGUCCUGUGACCUCUGUCCAGACAAAGGAGACCUCUAGCAGUGCUCCAGCGACCAAAGCUGGUGACAGUGAGGCAGCUAGUGGUACAGGAGAGCAACAGAAAAUGUCAAAAAGGAAGAGGAAAAACAGGAAGAAGAAACUGCAGAAAGGUGUGGGAAAUGACACUGGUGACAAGCCUCCCGCUGAAAAACAGAAGACGAAAAAAAUAAAAAAUAAACUGAAUAUCAAGAAGCCAACAAUGACUGAUGAAAGACUACUGGCCUACGGUAUUGACCCAAAAAAGUAUAAAUAUAUGCAACUCAAAAAAUAUGCUUACGAGGAAUCCUAAGAUAGAAUCUAUUACGUGUGAGUGUAUGAGUGCACAUGUGUGUGGGUGUGACCUUCAAUAAUUCUACAGAGGCUUUGUAUGAUGGGUGUGUGAGUGUGAAUGUGAAUUGAAUUUUGAUCCAGUUCCAUUAGGUACAUACAGAAGUGAAAUGCACACAUUUAUUUGAAAGUUUUGUUUUAUCAUUGUUGUAUAUCGGGAAAUGUUCUCUGCAGUUUAACUUUCACCUUGUUCGCCCUCCACCAAUAAGGACAAAUUCAUCAUGACAGCGACAUAUUAGUACCCAACAUACACUUUAUAGUAGUUUUCAUUGGGUGAACAUGGAGUUUACCAGUAAAGGGCAAAUAUACAGUGUUUCCAUUCAAAUUUUUGUUAAUGUUUCUUGAAGGCAAUGUUUUUACUUGGAUAAUUAUUUGUACAUGUGGUGAUCUUCAGUAAGUAAGACCAGAGUCAGAGUUGGUAUGUGCUAUUGUUGAGUGGUCGGAUGGAGUGUAGUGGAUAGCACACUCCUUAAGACAGCCAGGGUUCAAUUCACAGAUCAUACUUCAAAAAGUAUUGGGUCACCUGACCUACGUAACCUUGUGAGUUUUUCAUUUGGUCCUCUAUGUUCCUCCCACAUAUGUAAAUACCCUCUAGAUCUGUGCAUUUACAUUUUUUCAAACAAGACUGAUUAAUAUAAGUUGUAAAAACUUCUUUUCAUUAUUGUUAUAAGAUCAAUUUAAUAAAUUUUUGAUCGCAAUUAAAAUAUGCUGUGUAUAUUUUUGUAUAUUUUUGUUACUUGUAUUAAUACCUAAAAGUAUUAUAGGAUCAUACCUUGCCCUUACAUCAGGUAUGCCAUCACAGAUUGUCUGAAGCCUCGCUAUUUCACCUACGACCACCAAAUUCCGUAUUUGAAUGUUGGAAUGGCCAACCUUUGACUGUAAUGAUUGAAAGCAAUUGUCCACAGCAUUACUUCAUAAUAUAGCUUUUUGGAGCGCUACACCUGGUAAAGGGGCACAUCUAGAUGGUGAAUUGCCACUUUACUGAAAGUAGGUAACUGACCUUUAUUUUACCCUUGACUGGUCAAGACUUAUUUUGAACACAAAUUUAAUACUGUAACACCUUAUAAUUAACAUCAAGCAUUGUCUACAGGUACAAUUUUGACAUAGAGUGUUGCAUAGUAAAAGUAGGUCACAACCUUUAUUUGACAUUUGAGCCCUGUUAUGGAAAAUAUAUAUGACUUUCAUGUUUACUAGUUAUUACCAUAUCCCACGUUUUGGGAAACGUUUUCAGCAAUGUUUAUAGAUAAAAGUUUCAUUAGAAAUACUGAAAACAAUAUAAAUAUGUAUUGGUACACCAGUGAUAAUUCCCUAACAAUUUAUGUAAAAGAAUAAUGGUUGUUUAUUGAACUUACCAUAUGACCAGUAACUGAAAUAUAUAGUAGAGAAUGAUUUCAAACUUGAUAUAUUAAACUUGUUAUACUCAAGUUCCUUGUUUGUUCUUUUGGUGUUAGUUCGUUCAUCAUGUUUGUGGUAACAGGUAACACCAUUUUGUUUCUCCAACGACUGCAGGACAAAAUUUCUACCUUUGAAAUAUUCGGCAAUGACCAAAACAGCUGUUGUAGAUGGCUAGUGUUAUAGUGGUCAAUGUUUUGUUUACCGUUUUUGCAACAUUAUCAAAAGAUGGGGCUCUGUGUUGUGUUGACUUCUGUCAUUCAUUUAGCAUGUGCUGGAGGGACAGUAAAAAAAAUAUUUUUCUGCAUGCUUUAAACACUUGUCUCCAUAAAAUUAUAAAUCCCAAGAAUAGAUUGAGUAAAACUAUUUUAAAUGGAAAAAAGAUUCCAACGGUGUCCACGACUGAGAGCAGGUUUAUGGAUAUUUUUUUUUUAAAUUGCAUGAAAUCCUAAGAUUUGUACGUCAGAUGAAUGGCAGAGAGAGUGUAUGUUUUAAAGAAUAAAAUCAUUGAACUUGUAAUAAAGGCAUUUCUUGUUGUU